AUGACAACAGAGCCGCUACCACUCGAAGGGAGGACGGUGGCCCUAGUCAGUGCAGGCACCUACGAUGGUGCCUUGCUGGGCGUGGACGUGCGUAAGGUGGAGGUAGAUGGCGAGGAAGGAUACGAGCUGAAGCAGGUCUUUGGGUUCGCUUCCCACUUGGGUGCCGUCAAGGUAUGCUGUGCGGGUAAGGGAGGGCUGCUGGCCACUGGUGGCACUGAUGAGGCCAUACGUUUAUACGAUACCACCAAACGUCAGGCUAAGGGCUCCUUAGAUGUCCACGAGAGUAGCGUUACCGCUCUCGCUGCUACUCCUAGCGGUCAAUGCAUCCUAUCUGGCGGAGCCGACGGUAAAAUAUCUCUCACACGUCUAUCGGACUGUCGAGUACUGAAGUCCUUCCGAGCUCACUCGGAGGGAGGGGUCGAGGCGAUCGCCAUCCACCCUAGUGGGCGUUUGGCCCUCUCUGCUGGAGCUGGCGAGCUCAGGAUGUGGGACCUCACUAGGGGCACCUGCGCAGCCGUUAGUAAAUUUACGGAGCCUAUUCGAGACGUGAAGUGGGUCACUCUGGGAGAGGGCAAGGAAGGAUACGCUAUCAUGAUGAACAGAAAGAUUCAAGUCUUGUCCGUUUCCGACCACCCAGGUGGGGAGGGCUCCUCCCUUCCUGCGCCAUAUGAAAGCGACGCUUUGCUCUCGAGCAUGUGUUUCGUCGACGGUCGCCUCAUCGCAGGGAAGGCCAACGGGUGUCUGGUCGUCCUCAGAGUGGCCACCAAUGGGGACCUAGUAGAGGAAAGUACGGUUGAUCCUGCUGAUGGAGACGACGAGGAGGAGGAGGAGGAGUCCAGCUUUGCACACGGUAGUCGUGUAAAAGGGGUGAUGGUAGCCGUGGAUGAGGAGGAUCUCACUCUGGUCGUCACAGUGUGCUCCGAUGGUCGGUUUAUAUUAUGGCAGCUGGCUGCUGGUGAGCUCGCUGGUGUUGCUAGUGUUGAUAGCGGCUGUCGUAUCACCUCGGCCUGUACGGAGAUGCUCACGGCCGACUCUGUUGCCGAUAAGGCUGAUGGGGGGAAGGCUGGCGGGCAUCACCGACGCAAACGUCGGAGUAAGGUCGAUAGUAACGAGGAAGAGUCGCCGGCCGUGGAGGAGCCGAAGAAAAAGAAGAAGAAAUCUACGAAGCGCGUGAAGUUCGCGUAGGAGGAGCUGGCUGGUCCACGAACGUACCAAGUUUACUACU